CAAGUAACGAGACUACGAUAGUCACCAUCUCAGUAACUUUCCAUCAUGCAAAAUGCAUGCACUUUCAAGAAUCUAUUUUUGCAUUCGAAUAAUGACAUUGAGGCAGCAUUAAAUCAAGUAUGGCCCAAACGAGAUUCUGUUGUAGAACUAAGUGCAUUUGGGAAGGAAUUACUGCAAAAAUGUGCAACGGUGCCUAUACCUGAAGCGAGCGAAAUUCGCAUCGAAAAUUUCAUAAAGGCAUCGUCAGAGUUUCCACUGAAGGUAUGUGGGUGGGUGUGUGUAUGUGCAUGUGCGCUUUUGUAUGCAGGCAGUAAUCAAAUUGCGACUUUGCUUUUAGCAACAGAUACAUGCCGAGUGAUGAGUCAGCCUAAGGAACGUUAUACAGAGAUUGCUAAACAAAUCGCGUCUGCCUAUCCGGUAAUUCACGAACGUGUGUUGGGAUUGUAUCUGGCAUUCUUGGAGCACAAAUGCAAAUAUGGUAGCAAUAUUGAACGCGCUUUAUAUGAUGGCAUGACGUUAAAAGCUUUGGUACAACGAUUGCUGGAGAAGCGCUGUGUCUCGUUUGUGGGUCCCUUGGACCAUUAUUUGUUAAUUAAUGGUAAAACAGGCUUAGGAAAGUUUUAUGAAGUCGGUACUGUCGAUGAAGAAUCGCCACUAAUACUAAAAGAUGUGCUCAGCUAUGACGAAAUGAAGCUUUCCGCCUUUCUAUCCAUUUCAUCGUACACCGAAUUCCUAAACGAUGGCAAUCGUAAAAAUGCUGGCGUUUUUGAGACGGAUAAAUCGAAAAUCGAACGCGAAGGCGUCAUUAUUGGCAUAAUCGGUGCACGCUUCCAAGCACGCGAGGCAAUGGACUGGCAAGAUAUUAUUAUCACCCGGGAACAGAAUAAGAAAGAACGCGGUUAUGGUUAUGCGAUGCAGGCUGCCAAAAACACAACAAAUCCCCUUGUGGGUUAUCGCCGCAUCUGGACCAGCUUCUAUGAGCAGCAAGAUGUUUUAUAUGAAAAUGUGAAUACACAGAACACACCACGUUUCUACCACAUUCCACAUACUAAAUUCAUUUUCGAUAACGCAAUGAUGAAGAAGCGGAAUGCCAUAUCUUUCGAUACACUUUUGUUGGAGGCAAAUGCUCGUGGCAAUAUCGCUGGCAAAAAAGUGUACCUGCAUGUGGUGGGCAUUGGUCUAGGAGCUUGGCGAGCUGUUGAGCAUCAGGGUAAAAUAUUUUUAGAAACCUUUGGUGAACGCUUACAAGAACUGCUGCCAUGCUUGCCUCAUAUUUCUGUUGUACACUUUUCAUAUUUUGGCAUGUCCUCUUGGGCUAAUCUUGAAGAUGGUGGUGUCAUUGCAUCGGAAACACAUCCUGAUGGCGGCAUUAAAACAUUUCUGAGUAAUCGAAAUCCUGCGCAGAAAUUGGCACCUGAAUUCGAAAAUAUGCUUGUUGUGGAAUCGUAUGCUUGGGAUGGCAAUGCUUUGCCAGGCAAUGAAUUUUGGCAUGGCUCCCUCACAUCUUCCAGUGAUCCUGCAGCAGCCUGCAGCACGCUCAUCACUGAGCUACACAACCCACAUAUAAAUACAAAAAUGGUUAAUGGCGCAAAUUUGCAUGUGGCAUCAGAUCGUUAUGGCGUUUUGCAUAUUUCGGAGUAUGCAAAGAAAGUUUUUAUGGAGAAACUUGAAUAAGCGAGUCACAUUGUGAGCAGCAUUAUUACUGACAAUAAAAACUUACAAUUAUUCUUCGCAUAACUUAAUGUUAUUGAGUGCUUAUAUUUAUAAAAUAUUGUAUAUAUUUGUUUGCACGUGUGGAUAUCUUACCAAAAGUAUUAAUUACGUAAAAAAUAUUGUAAAUGAACAUAGUAUGCAUAUGAAUGUAUUUAUUAUAUUGAGGCGUAUAUUGUUUUAUAAAAAUAAAGAAUUGAAAGCACUGCUUCCUCUGAUGUUGUGGUGAUG